CCAGCCUUGAGGAAAGGACGAUUCUGGAUCACCCCCGACCCUUAUCAUAAAGACGACAACAUCCAGAUUGGCCGAGAGGUCAAGAUCUCUUGCCAGGUGGAGGCAGUUCCAUCGGAAGAGCUCACCUUUAGCUGGUUUAAGAAUGGACGGCCUCUCCGCAGCUCCGAGAGGAUGGUGAUUACUCAGACAGACCCGGACGUCUCUCCAGGGACCACCAACUUGGACAUCAUUGACUUGAAGUUCACGGACUUUGGGACGUACACCUGUGUUGCGUCUCUGAAAGGAGGAGGCAUUUCAGAUAUCAGCAUUGACGUCAACAUAUCCAGCAGCACAGUUCCACCCAAUCUGACCGUCCCCCAAGAAAAGUCGCCCUUGGUCACCAGAGAAGGAGAUACGGUGGAGCUGCAGUGCCAGGUGACGGGGAAGCCCAAACCCAUCAUCCUGUGGUCCAGGGCGGACAAGGAGGUCCCCAUGCCGGAUGGCUCAAUGCAGAUGGAGAGUUACGACGGGAUCCUGAGGAUUGUCAACGUCUCAAGAGAGAUGACCGGGACUUACAAGUGUCAAACGAGUCAAUACAAUGGAUUUAACGUCAAGCCAAGAGAAGCUCUGGUCCAGCUCAUUGUACAGUAUCCACCGGCUGUUGAACCAACGUUCCUGGAGAUCCGUCAAGGCCAAGGCCGAAGCGUCACCAUGAGCUGCCGGGUGCUGAGGGCUUACCCAACGCGGGUGUUGACCUUCGAAUGGCGCUUGGGCAACAAGCUGCUCCGGACAGGGCAGUUUGACGCUCAGGACUCCACGGAGUACACGAUCCGGAGCCUCUCCAGGGACAGCUAUGGGAUUUACAACUGCAACGUCAUCAACGAGGCGGGGGCCGGCCGGUGCAGCUUCCUUGUGACAGGCAAAGCAUAUGCUCCGGAGUUCUACUACGACACCUACAAUCCGUUAUGGCAGAACAGAGCCCGCGUCUAUGCUUACAGCCUCGAAUGGACCCAAAUGAAUCCGGAUGCCGUGGAUCGCAUCCUCACGUACCACCUGGGGAUCCGGCAGGCUGGACAGCAGCGCUGGUGGGAGCAGGAAAUCGCGGUGAACGGGAAGAUCCAGAAGGGAGAAUUGAUCACCUACAACUUGACAGAACUGAUCAAGCCAGAGGCGUACGAGGUCCGCCUGACGCCGGUCACCAUAUUCGGUGACGGGGAUUCAACCAUCCGUGUCAUCAAAUACAGCGCCCCGAUGAAUCCUCACUUACGAGAAUUCCACUGUGGCUUUGAAGACAACAAUAUUUGCUUAUUCUCCCAAGAUCAGAAGGAUAAUUUUGACUGGACAAGACAGAACAUAGUCCUCCGAGACACAAAGUACACCCCCAACACAGGCCCCAGUGCUGACCGGUCUGGCUCAAAAGAAGGGUUCUUCAUGUACAUCGAAGCCUCCAGCCCCAGGAAGGAAGGCGACAAAGCCAGACUGAUCAGCCCCGUGUUCAGCAUCCCCCCAAAAAACCCAUACGGCGCCACCAACACAGCUUAUUGCUUCAGUUUCUACUACAACAUGAAUGGACAACAUAUAGGAACGCUGAACGUUUACCUCCGGUUAAAAAGUCAGACUUCCAUAGAAAGCCCCUUCUGGUCUGCCACUGGGAACAAAGGACAGCACUGGUUCCAGGCCCGCAUUAACAUCCAUCCAAACACUUCAUUCCAGAUUGUCUUUGAAGGCAUACGGGGCCGAGGCAUCGAAGGGGACAUUGCCAUAGACGACAUCUCCAUUGUGGAAGGAGAGUGCACGAUGUCCGAUCACGACAACCACCAUAUACCUUCAGGUGCAGGCAGAAGGCUGCCGCAUAUACGGAUUUUGCUCGUUUUCCUUCUUGUGUCUGUCUUAAGUCAUCAGAGGUGACCUUAUUCCGGCAGAGGCUACAACGCAGACGUUACCGCGCUCUGGCAUGAAGAAAAGAGAACAUUUUUAAAAAGAAACAAAAUCUACCAAAGAUUCCUCCAUGGACUGACUCAAAUAUGGUUUUUUUAAAGAAAAAAGAAGAAGAAGACUCAAUCGUAAAAAAAAUGAUAUAUAUAUAUAUAUGUGAAAAGGAAGCAUUGGGAGUUUAUUAAAAGAAACAAAAUAAAUGAGCAAACAAGGGGCAGUGGACACAUCAAUGUCCCGCGGACCACACGUGGAAGUGAAGGAGAGAGACCUUCAGGUGCUUUUUGUGGUUAAUUACCAAUGAACAAUGGAAAGGAGAAUUAAAAGACACACAAACACACACCCACACACACUCAGACACCGACACUGGCCACACAGGAUCCAUGGGAAGAACUCUGUCGAAAACACGAUAGAAUUCCUUGUCAAAGCACAAAAGCCGUGGCUUGUUUUGUUUCAAACGAAUCGUUUGCUCGCUGCCGUGGGACCCUUCGUGGCCUGUCAACGGGAGAGAUUUCACACAAAAGAAAGAGAGAGAGAGAGCAGAGAAAGGAGGAAAGAAAGAUCCCUACACCUCCGCGUCAAACAGGGUAUGAGAGGAGCUGGUGGUUUCUUUUUUUCCUCCCUUUUCCCCCCCGCACGGUUUUUCGCGUCACGUUUGAUACGGUCGUCGUCGUUGUUGUCAUCGUCGUAGGCCUCUUUUCCUGCCUCUCGCUGCCACCUUCGCCAGGACGUGGAGCCAGGCACAGGACCUGUUGAAGACAUUCUGUUUCAGUUCCUCAUGGCAAUACUAGAUCACGGGACGCGGCCUCCGCUUUGCAUGCGUUACAGAAAAGCCGGGGCGUUUUUCCCCACCACCACCGCCCCCCCCAGCAAAAGACGAUGGCGCUGGACUUGCCCGGAGUUUGCUUGCAGCCACUUGAACACAUCAAAACAUGCUCUUUCCCCCCCCCUUGCGCCCAACGGAAUGCUCCCUGACACCCUUCCUUCUCUCCUUCCU